AUGACCACUCCCGCCCGUGUCACCGAGCAGGCGCAUGCCCUGACAACCAAGCUGUCGCAAGCAACCACACCCCAUGCCAUCCGCCUCCUUGCAGCUGCCGACGCAGGUGUGUAUGCUGGCUCCACCCCAUACCCAGGCCUUGUCGACCCGCCCCUGCUGGAGGCUGCGGCGGCGGCUGCCGCUCUCCUGGCUCCGGCUCUCCGUUCAGCGGCGGCUGACGAAACCCUGGUGGUGCUCGGCGGAUGUGGAACGUCCGGUCGGCUGGCCUUCCUCACCGCCACUGCCUACAACGCCGUGGCUCCGGCGCCUCGCUUUGCCUACACCCUCGCCGGUGGCGACGUGGCCCUGGUCCUCUCGCGCGAGCUACCCGAAGACGAUCCGCACCUCGGGGCCGACGACCUAGCUGCCGCCAUUGCCUCUGCGCCCUCUCCGCCAGCUCACGUUGUCUACGUCGGCAUCUCGUGCGGGCUCUCGGCGCCGUAUGUUGCUGGUCAGAUCGAGUACAUGCUCCACCACUACGCUGCCGAUCCGGCCUCGGGUGCCAUUCUCAUCGGCUUCAAUCCAGCCGAGCUCGCUCGUGACGCGCCCAUCGAGGGCUGGCCGCAUACUUUUGCUUCGCUUCUCAACGGGCGGUUUGCAGACGCGGCCGCGGCUGCUCCGGCCUCGUGGAUUUUGCUCAACCCGGUCAUUGGUCCCGAGCCGGUCGCUGGCUCGUCGCGGAUGAAGGGCGGAUCCGCCACUAAGGUCCUUCUCGACACUGUCCUCGCUGGCGCCGCCACCAUCGCGGCUGGCGCCAAGGCCGCAAGCCCAGGACUGCUGCUCAAAUGCUUCAACUCGCUUGACAACGCUAGUGUCGCCGCCUACGGUGCCGGGCCGGCACUGGUGGAUCUUGUCGACGCCGCCGCUGCAGCCGUCCGCGGCGGCGGCCACAUCUACUACGUCGGCGGUGGCGAUGCCGCAACGCUGGGCGUCAUUGAUGUCUCGGAGAUGGUGGACACCUACGGUGCACCACCCGAUCAGAUCCGUGCCUUUGUGGCACGCGGUUGGGCCGCGCUCCGUAACGCCGAGGGCGACAUGAUCGCUGCCCAUCCCGACUCGCCGCUGCUGGACAUUUCGCUGGAUGCCUUUGUCGCGCUUGUUGUGCCGAGCCUCACCGCAAACGACCUUGUCGUCGGCCUCAUGCCUACUGCCGCCGAGUCGGCCGCCGAUGGUGGCAAUGCCGCUGCUGCCGUCAUGGCCGCGCUCCGUGGUGCGCUGGAGCUUCCGUCGCCGGCGGCGACCCCAGUCCUUGGUCUGGUUGCCAUCGGCGAGCCGGGGCUCGUCGGGGACGCUCGCUACGAGUGGGAUAGCCUCGUUGGCCUUGCCACCGCCGCCGUCACCGUCAAUUUGCGCGGGCCGAGUCCUUACACGCUACCCGGCGAGGCGACGACACUGGCGGUCGAGGCAAGGGCCCACCUUGCGCUGAAGAUCAUCCUCAACACGGUGACGACACUUGCCAAGGUCGCCGAGGGCGUCGUCUUUGGCAACCGCAUGAUCAACAUGGGCAUCAACAACAACAAGCUCUACUACCGGGCCAUCGACAUGAUUGCCACACUUAUGGCGGUUCCGACGCAGCGGGCACACGCUUGCCUCCUGGGCGCCAUCUACGGUGCGCCGGGGCUUGCCGAAGCUGCGGCCGCAGGCGUCGACGAUGAGGGCGCUGAACGGGUCCGCCACCACAUCGAGAUUGCUACGCCGCGCGCUAAUGUGCUUCCGCGGGCGCUGCUCCUCGCGGGUCUCGGUGACGACGCUCUUGACACUCUCGAUGACCUGCUCGCCUCGGAGCCAUCGGUGGCGCGGGUGCUCGAGGCGCACGGGCUUUGGUGGCACGCCAUCCUGUACUGGACUCUGGACGCCGCGUACGCGCUCUACGCUGACGCGAGCCCACGCCCCGUCAUGACUCGCGUGGCUUUUCUCAACGACAUCAUCGACGCCCUCGCCGCCACGCCGACGCCGUCAGUUCCGCGCCGUCGCACAAGCGGAAGCGUCCCUCUGCAGCGGCUGCUCGUCAUCACCACCUUUCCCUGCGAGCCGCUCUGCGACGCGACUGCCUCGCCUGCCGGUAGCUUCAUGAUAAGCGAUCGCGGCCGUGGACCUUUUGCGCCGCGUGCGGCGUUCAUCUCUGCAUCGCCGACUGUUUUCUGCUGUGGCAGCCAGUAA